AUGUCCAAGGAGGCGCGGGCCGGCCAUGAGGAAAUCAUGGAGGCGCAGGUGAUGUGGGAGCCCGACGGCAAGAGGAACGCGCAGAUGGACCGCUUCCGGGCGGCUGUGCGCUGCGGCCGCGGGCCCGUGUUGGCCAAUUAUAAUGAAUUGUAUCAGUGGUCCGUAGAGUCAUACUCAGACUUCUGGGCAGAAUUCUGGAAAUUCAGUGGAAUUGUCUUUUCUCGUAUGUAUGAUGAGGUUGUUGACACAUCUAAGGGAAUUGCUGAUGUGCCUGAAUGGUUCAAAGGCAGUCGUCUGAAUUAUGCUGAAAAUCUCCUGAAGCAUAAGGAAAAUGACAAGAUUGCCCUCUACGCAGCAAGGGAAGGCAAAGAAGAAAUUGUGAAGAUGACUUUUGGAGAGUUAAGACAACGAGUGGCUUUGUAUGCUGCAGCUAUGAGGAAAAUUGGAGUCAAAGUAGGAGAUAGGGUGGUUGGUUAUUUGCCAAACAGUGUUUAUGCAGUGGAGGCUAUGCUGGCAACAGCGAGCAUCGGGGCUAUUUGGAGUUCUACGUCCCCUGACUUUGGAGUGAAUGGUGUACUGGACAGGUUUUCCCAAAUUCAGCCAAAACUCAUCUUCUCUGUAGAAGCUGUUGUAUAUAAUGGCAAAGAACACAACCACAUGGAAAAGCUGCACCAGGUUGUUAAAGGGCUUCCUGACUUGAAAAAAGUGGUGGUGAUACCAUAUGUUGGCUCCAGAGAGAAGAUUGACAUUUCGAAGAUUCCUCAUAGUGUAUUUCUAGAUGACUUCCUUGGAGCUGAGAAAGGAGACCAGGCUCCCCAGCUGGAAUUUGAGCAGCUGCCUUUCAGCCACCCCCUCUUUAUUAUGUUCUCCUCAGGUACCACUGGAGCUCCAAAGUGCAUGGUGCAUUCUGCUGGGGGCACCCUAAUCCAGCAUCUCAAGGAACACAUUCUUCAUGGAGAUACAACCAGCAGUGACAUCAUUAUGUACUAUACCACGAUUGGCUGGAUGAUGUGGAAUUGGCUGGUAUCUGUGCUUGCAACAGGAGCUUCCGUGGUCCUGUAUGAUGGUUCUCCCUUGGUUCCAACGGCUAAUGUGCUCUGGGAUUUGGUUGACAGACUAGGGAUCACAAUACUUGGAACUGGGGCCAAGUGGCUGUCAGUACUUGAAGAGAGAAACUUGAAACCAGUGGAAACCCACAAUCUUCAGACUCUUCACACUAUCCUGUCCACAGGGUCCCCAUUAAAAGCCCAAAGCUAUGAGUAUGUUUACAAAUAUAUAAAGAAAAGUGUCCUCCUUGGAUCUAUCUCAGGUGGCACUGACAUAAUUUCCUGUUUUAUGGGUCAAAAUGUUUCAAUUCCUGUUUAUAAAGGAGAAAUUCAGGCCAGGAAUCUGGGCAUGGCAGUGGAAGCAUGGAAUGAGGAAGGAAAGGCAGUGUGGGGUGAGAGUGGUGAACUGGUUUGCACCAAACCAAUACCCUGCCAACCUACAUACUUCUGGAAUGAUAAGAAUGGGAUCAAAUACAGGAAGGCUUAUUUCUCUAAGUACCCAGGUGCUUGGGCCCAUGGUGACUAUUGUAAAAUAAAUCCCAAGACUGGAGGCAUCAUCAUGCUUGGUCGGAGUGAUGGGACGCUCAACCCUAAUGGAGUUCGCUUUGGUAGCUCUGAAAUUUAUAACAUUGUGGAAGCCUUUGAGGAAGUCUUGGAUAGCCUGUGUAUCCCACAGUAUAAUAAAGAUGGGGAAGAGAGAGUGAUCCUAUUUCUGAAGAUGGUUUCUGAGCACUCAUUCAGUCAGGACUUGGUGAAGAGGAUUAAGGAUGCCAUUCGCAUUGGCUUGUCAGCCAGGCACGUCCCCAGCCUCAUCCUGGAGACCAAAGACAUCCCGUACACAAUUAAUGGGAAGAAAGUGGAAGUUGCAGUGAAACACAUCAUUGCUGGGAAGUUGGUGGAGCAGCGUGGCUCAUUCUCCAACCCUGAAUCCUUGGACUUGUACCAGAAUAUUCCUGAACUUCAGAAUUUCUAA